GACACGCACACACACACACGCACGCGCACGCGUGAACACACACUCGUGCAGAGAUGACACACUGACACGCUGAGAUCCUCUGAGGCUUCUUCUGCUUCUUCAUUUGGUUUGUGGAGCAGCAGGAACACUUUACCACACUGCAUCUCUCCUGAAGGGCGCCGACCUCCUUCACACACCACAGGUGCAAAAACUUCUGCAUUUUUAUUUUUUGCUUCAAAGUUUUUUGGCCUCUGCUACACCUACACAAACACACACACAUACACACACACUAGGUGCACACACUUUGUAUUUUUUAUUUUCACUCAAUUUUUUCCGGUCUGACACCCAACUGGUUCAUUCGAGCUUUUUCUUUCUUUUUUUCUUUUUUCUUUUUUUAUUUUAUUGAUACUCCCCCCAAAAAUUUUUGGCACCUUUGGGAUCUGCCCAGUUAAAGCGUUGGAUCCGUCGGUGUACUGCGAUCCUCCUCCGGUGUUCGGCCCGGACCUCUGCCCCAACAUGAUCGCUGCUCAGGCGAAGCUGGUCUACCAGCUCAACAAAUACUACAACGAGCGAUGCCAGACGCGCAAGGCGGCCAUCGCCAAGACGAUCCGUGAGGUGUGUAAGGUCGUAUCGGACGUCCUGAAGGAGGUAGAGGUACAGGAGCCACGCUUCAUCAGCUCUCUGAGCGAGAUCGACGCACGCUACGAGGGCCUCGAGGUAAUCUCGCCUCAUGAGUUCGAGGUCGUGCUGUACCUCAACCAGAUGGGCGUCUUUAAUUUUGUGGACGAUGGCUCGUUGCCGGGCUGCGCUGUCCUGAAGCUGAGUGACGGCCGUAAGCGCAGCAUGUCGCUCUGGGUCGAGUUCAUAACCGCCUCGGGGUAUCUGUCCGCGCGAAAGAUUCGAUCGAGAUUCCAAACUCUGGUGGCGCAGGCGGUGGACAAGUGCAGCUACCGCGACUCGGUCAAGAUGGUGGCCGACACGAGCGAGGUGAAGCUGCGGAUUCGAGAGCGCUACGUGGUGCAGAUCACUCCGGCCUUUAAGUGCACCGGGAUCUGGCCACGCAGUGCCGCUCAGUGGCCUCCACCGCACAUCCCGUGGCCCGGACCGAACCGGGUCGCCGAGGUCAAAGCCGAAGGAUUUAAUCUGCUCUCCAAAGAAUGCUACACGUUAGCGGGGAAGCAAAGCUCGGCCGAGAGCGACGCCUGGGUCCUGCAGUUCGCAGAGGCAGAGAACCGGCUGCUGAUGUCCGGCUGCAGGAAGAAGUGCCUGUCGAUUUUAAAAACGCUCCGCGACAGGCACUUGGAGCUGCCGGGCCAGCCGCUCAAUGGCUACCACAUGAAGACGCUGCUGCUGUACGAGUGCGAGAAGCACCCGCGCGAGAGCGACUGGGAUGAGGCGAGCCUCGGCGACCGCAUCAACGGCGUCCUGCUGCAGCUCGUCUCCUGUCUGCAGUGCCGCCGGUGUCCUCACUACUUCCUCCCCAACCUCGAUUUAUUUCAGGGCAAAGCGACGUCAGCCCUCGAGGCGGCCGCCAAGCAGACCUGGAGACUCGCGAGGGAGAUCCUGACCAACGCUAAGAGCCUGGACAAACUCUGAGCUCUAAAAAAUAAAUGAACUCAAUUAACUCGAAACAAAAGACUCUGAGAACGGCGAGACACACACACACACACACACACACACACACACACACACAAAAAGAAGAGCUCUGCAACCACGCCUGGACAAACUCAACCAACAAACAAGACUUGGAGAAAUUCAGAGCGGUGACAAGAACCAGGACCGACCCGAAUAAACAAAAAACACGCAGAGUCACCAAACUCGAACAAUUUACAAAGAUACAAACGGGGGGGGAAAAAAAAAAGAGAGAGAGAGACUCAUGAGCAACUCUGAGAGCCUGAACAAACUCUGGAUGAAAAAGAAAAAACAAGGAGAAAUCUGCACCAAGCUGGAGAAACCUUAAAGUGUACAAAAAAAAAACACACAAAAAAAACAACACAGAGGUGGAGACGAAGCGAAGCGUCCUACAGCAACGGGAACGAGACGAGACGAGGAAAAACUAAACCCGAGGAGACUUUCCUAUCUAAUAACGAGGCAUGUUUUACAGUUUCACAAAGACUUUACUUUCCCCACGACCGGGACAUCUUCCAGCAGCGAGAAGAAAUCAAUCACAAACGUACAUUUCACCGUCGUGUCACGAUCUUACUCUUCAUCCUCGGAUAAAACUGUAAAAUAAUAAUAAUAAUGAUGAUGAUAAUAAUAAUAAUAAUGAUUAAAAAAAAACCCAACAACGGUGAAGAUCUGUAAAGAGAACCUCCUCCAUGGACACGGAACACUCCGGACUUUUACGAUCACUGAAAGUGGACUUAACUUGUGGAGUCGAGCGGAGACAAACGCUUCAGCCCAGACAUUUUGAGAGGAGAAAAAUAAAUAAAUAAACGUGAAGGUACAUUUUUUUUUAAAAACGUCAUAACGUCUGCUUAAAUCUUUUUUCUUUCUUUUUUUUUUACCCCCUUCCCACAAAGUAAUAUUGUUUUUAUUUAAUUUACCAUGCACAAUAUCUUUCAUUGCGUUAAUGUUUAAAAAAAAAAAAAGAGGAAAAAAAAAAUGUAGCGU